CCAGCGGCUCAGGGCCGCGGCCCCCCGGCGGGUCAUGAGGCUGCCGGGCCUGCAGGCGGCCGCCGCCUCCCCGCUGCCUCCUGCCCGUCUCGGCGGCUGCGGCGCCGGCCCCCGCCUGCGGAGCUGGGGGCGCCCGGCCGGGGGAGCCUCCUGCAAUGACGGACGACGCCGUGAAGCUGCUGCUGCACCGCUUUUACACCCUGCAGGGGGAGCGGGUGGAAGCCUACCGGCUCUUUGAGGAGGGCCACCGGGCGUAUCUGAGCAGCGGGCCACACUACGACUUCCUCCGCUACCGGCAGCUGGUCCAUGAGAUCACGCUGGCCUUCAGUGGCAUCUCCCGGGAGAUCCUGGAGAUCAAGGAGCAGCUCCAGGCGGAGCACGGGCGGCCGGAGCUUGCCCAGCACCUGGCCAGGGUCCAGCAGAAGGAGAAGGAGAAGCUAGAGCUGACGGCUCAGCUGCAGCUUGCCAGGCAGCACGCCCAGGACCAGCCCGGCGUGCCAGCCCACCAGCAGGAGGUGCAGGAGCUCAAAUACAAGCUAAUUAAAACCAUUGAGGCAAUCAGCGAAAUUCUCCAGGACCUCAAGUACGAUUCGGAAGAAGCCGAGUGAUGGGUCUCCCCGUGGGAAUGGCUGGAGGAGGUGGGAAGCGCUGGAGGGGGUCAGCUGGGCGGAGCGCUGGGCCGCACUGCAGGGCUCUCGCUCACGUCGGGGUCUCGCUCCCCAUGGCAAACCCCAGCCUUGGCGCCCCUGCGAGAGACUUGUCCAGGGCCCUCUGCCAGGCGGGCAGCAGCCUUUGCAACAGAGGAGCAGCUCGACUCUGGGCUAUUCCAGCACAGGGGCAGGUUUGCAAAAGGGCUCCGCAGCCAGCAGGUCCCACUGGGAACGAUGGGGAACCCUCCUCCUGCCUGAGAGCAACGGAGAACCCCCCACUGAGAGCAUCAGCAGCUUUGGGGGCUGGGCCCCUUUGACAGGCUUUCCCAGUUCGGUGCCGGGUGGGUGGGUGCCCUCGAGCCCGCCGGGCAGGAUCAGCGUGCAGCCUAGAUGUGUCGCUGUCUGUCCGGCAGGGCUGAACGCCCCCUCCCUCCAGGUCCCUUCCUCCUGCAGAGCCAGGAGCCCUUUGAGUACAGACAGAGCCAAACCUGUGGAUUUGGAGAGGGAUUUUCCAAGUGCCAAGGUGGCUGUGGGGGGGGUGCCGUGCUCCUAAAUCCCCUGGGUGCUUGGGAAAUCCCUCCCCCCGCCCAUGCAGCAAAGCGUUUUAGCCACGUGCUGUGACCUCUUUCAAGUCUGUUUGUUUUAAGAAUUAAGCAAAGAACUCUCUGGCGUUACAGCUGGGCUGGUUUGUGGCUCAAUAAAAGGCAGGUGGGAGCUCAGA